AUGGGUUGUUUUAACUCCACUAGCGGAAAUGAGACUUUGCCUGGCAGGCACCCUUACACUGUACAGACCUCUGUGCCUCUAACAAUCCUGGUGGGUAUCCUCAUUCUGCUAACUGUGUUUGGCAAUGUGAUGGUAGUAAUUGCUGUGAUCACAAGCCGAGCCCUGAGAGCACCUCAGAACUUGUUUUUAGUCUCUCUGGCAUGUGCAGAUAUCCUGGUUGCCACUUCAGUGAUGCCAUUCUCUUUGGCUAAUGAACUGAUGGGUCACUGGUACUUUGGUAAAGUGUGGUGUGAAAUCCACUUGGCUUUGGAUGUGCUCUUCUGCACCUCAUCCAUCGUUCACCUGUGUGCUAUAAGCCUGGACAGAUAUUGGUCUGUCACUCAAGCGAUUGAGUACAACAUGAGAAGGACACCGCGCAGGAUUAAAUGCACAAUCUUCAUAGUAUGGGUUCUCGCAGCCAUUAUUUCAUUCCCUCCUCUUAUCACGAUGAAAAAGGAUGAGGGUAAAGAGGACAGCCCUGAAUGUAAAAUCAAUGAGGAGAAAUGGUACAUCAUAUUCUCCAGCACUGCCUCCUUCUUUGCACCUUGUGUCAUCAUGAUUAUGGUGUAUGUUAGAAUCUACCAGGUUGCCAAGAAGAGGACAAGAACCCCGCUAGGCGAAAGGCAAAGAGAAAGCAGGAACACAGAAAACACAAAGUGUGGUUUGGACCCCCUGGAGAGAAAAGAUGGAGAAGGGAGGAGGGUGGAAGCGGGGGAGAGUAGAGAGGUCAAUGUGAUAGAUGUGGAUGAAGAGCCCUCCUCGUCUGAUGGGAAUGAAAUCACCCUGUGUUCCCUGAAGAAGAAGAAGGGUAUGCAGCCGGUCAAAGUGACUCAGGUGAAGCCUGGAGAAACCUCUCCAAAGCCAGAGGCGCAGCCUUGUGUGAGAGGGAGCAGGUGGAAAGGAAGGCAGUACAGAGAGAGACGCUUCACAUUUGUUCUGGCUGUGGUCAUGGGAGUGUUUGUUCUCUGCUGGUUCCCCUUUUUCUUCACAUACACACUCACUGCUGUGUGUGACGCCUGCUGUGUCCCAGAGACAUUGUUCAAAAUGUUUUUCUGGUUUGGUUACUGCAAUAGUUCACUAAAUCCUGUGAUAUACACUAUAUUCAAUAAUGAUUUCAGGAGGUCUUUUAAAAAGAUUCUCUGUAAAAGGGACAGAAGAGGUUUAUAA